AUGAAGAAACAAUUUUUUCGAGUUAAACAACUCGCUGAUCAGACGUUCUCCAGGGCAGGAAAAACUGAAGUGUUGACUGAUGAUUUGCAAGCAGCAGACAAGCAUGUAGACCAAAUAAGAGCGGCAUUAACUGGACUGAGUAAAAGACUGGGGACAUUGCCUACUCAAACAAAUGUAUCGGAUCCUGCUUACAAGGAAAAACGUUUAAAAAAAUGCCCGGAGUACAUACUGGGACAGACGAUGUUGGAGAAUGCCGCAGUGGAGGGUCUGAUGAGUUUCGCGCUGUCUGAGUGCGGGCGAGCCCAAGUCGCGCUGGCGAACGAGACCGUAGACCAUGAAGCCAAAGUCGAGCAGUACGUCGCUGCACCGCUUCACCAUAUCCUCGAGACUGAUGUACCCAAUAUCAUUAAACACAAGAGAAAUUUAGCUAGAUUGACUUUAGAUAUGGACAGCGCUAGAACGAGAUAUCACCAGGCUAUCAAACACAACGCUGGAGGAACGGGAGCUACCAAAGUAGACAGCCUGCGUGAAGAGCUUGAAGAGGCUGAGACGAAAGUGGAACAGUGUCGAGAUCAAUUGGCCGCCGAAAUGUUCCAGUUGAUGUCCCGCGAAACGGAACUUGCUCAAACAAUUAUACAGUACGUGAAACUUCAACGAGCUUACCAUGAAAGUGCCUUACAUUGUUUAGAAGAACUGAUACCUGGAUUAGAGAGUUAUAUCAAUGACAAUGAGAUGAAACCAGUGUAUGGUUACCCGCUAGAAGAACAUUUGAGGGUAACAAAUAGAAAAAUAGCAUUACCUAUCCAAUUGUGCGUAUCAACGUUACUGAGACUUGGUAUGGAAGAAGAGGGACUCUUUAGGAUAGCAGGUGGUGCGUCUAAAUUAAGAAGAAUAAAAUUAAGCUUAGACGCGUGUUGUUUAACACUACCCACUGCGUUGGAGUACAAAGACGCUCAUGUCGUCGCCGGUGCUUUGAAGUCUUAUUUAAGAGAAUUACCUGAACCUCUUCUUACCUACAAAUUAUAUCCAGAGUGGAUGGCAGCUGCAAAAAUAAGUCAAAGCGACGCUAGAUUAAGAGCUCUUUGGGAAGUACUUCACAAACUUCCUCCAGCUAAUUUAGAAAAUUUGAAAUUUUUAAUUAAAUUUUUGGCUGUUCUUACCAAGAAUUGUGACAUUAAUAAAAUGUCGCCUCAGAAUAUUGCUAUUGUUAUUGCUCCUAAUUUAAUUUGGAGCCCUCAGGAAGAUAUUAAUACCAUGGUUCUCAUAGUCGAGCAGUUGAUAACCUACGCAGACUGGUUUUUUCCCGGCGAAAUAGACUUCGACCGUGAUUUAGACCUCGGAAUGGUAAAUGGUGCUGAAUCGCAAGUUAUUGGGAUGCGUAGAUGCAUUUCCAAUAGCAGUUUGAGCGAUCUAGGAGAAAGCCCACCACAAGGUAGCCCUAAACCGGCAGCUCGCAGAAAAAACAAACCUGCACCAACACCACCGGGCUCCGGGAACAGCGGAGGCGGUGGUACUCCCGACAAACAAGACCGGCGGGUCGAUGAUAAACCACCGCCUGCUCCAGACAAACCGCCAAGGCCUUUAACCACAGCAACUCUAAACCGCCACACUUACAAGGCUCAAAAGCAUGAAGUUAAUACUGAAUUGAUGACCCAUCAUGACAAUAAAACGGAGAAAGUUUCGGAGAACGAAAGCAAUAAAACGCCUUUAGGAUUUGAAGUCAUUGCUAAUGUUGACUCAACAAUUGUGACUAAUAAUAAUAAUAAUAAUAAUAAUGAUAAGAUAACUGAACCACGUCCUCUAAUUUUUGAUAAUAAUAGAAUUGAUAAUGAUGUUGAAGCUAAACGUAAAGACUCUGAUCCAAAUCCGCCCAUUGGGUUUGAGGCUGUUAAUUCAAGGACUUCGAGCAUUAGUGCUGGAAGUGGAACUGGAGGAACUCAGGUUCAAGCUAAAGGAACUAUUGAUUCUGAUGACUCAGUGGAAAUACGUAACAAAAAAAUCGAUGGGAACAACGCAACACCGGAGAGAAAUAGUAAACCAGCUGUCCCAGAGCGGCCUGCUGGGCUGGCCCGGCCCUCCAGCUUGAUGCGCCAACACCUACGGCAGAGUAACGACAACCUGGACGCCGACGUCGGUCCUUUAACUCUGGAGCGGACUCACAUGUAUUCCGUUGACAAACAGCAGGUCAGUAUAAUACAAGUCCGAGGUAGUGGAGGAAACUCCAACUCUAACUCCAACUCCGCGGAGACCAACGGAGGAGUUCCAAACCUUCAGAGGAGUCCUAGUGUAGGCAGCCGACCCACUUCCGUUUCGUUCACCAACGACCGUCCGGAGAAACCUCCUCGGCCGACGGAUCUGCCGCCUGAGCCUACCAAGUCCCACUCCAGGACUCGCUCCGAGGGCAAUAUCAUCGACGUCCAAACCCAGACUGAAACCGUGAUAGUUCCUAAGUCACCUCCUCAUCAGAACACUCCAGUGUCUCCGAGAUUUCAUCAACGACCUCCACGACCUCAACCUCCUCCUCCUCCUCCUCCAACCAUGCGACCAAAAUCCGAUCACGAGAGUACUAAUCUUUAA